AGAGUAAAUAAAGUAUUGCAUGUGUUGCGAGGGUUUUGAAAGUUGCAAAGGCAGCGAGUUUGUUAGUUCCUCUAACAGAAUAGAAAUCACCAAUGGGGAGUACGGCGGCGGAGAAGACUGAACACGAACUUCGCAACGAGAUCGACGAGCUUCUUCGUCAACAGCGCGAGAUUACUGAAAGGCUUCGAGAUCCUCGCGGCCUUCGCAAAGCUACCUUCUCUGCUCCUCUUCCCCGCAACAAUUCUCUUCGCCAGCGUCCCUUUCUUCGUCCUGGUUUAGACAAUAAUGAUUCUGAAGAUCAACCUCCUGCUAAACGUCGACUUUCAUCCGCUGUUGUUAAGCUUGAGGAUGGGGAGAUUCCUGAAGAUGCUGAACAGAAUGCAAAGACGAAAGAUUUAGUUGGUGAAGGUGUAAAUGGGAAUGCUGCGCUUGGUCAGAGUGAUGGGAACCCUUUUGAUUCUCACCAAACUGGAUUCUCUAGAAGAGACGGCCAUCAAAGAAAUUCAAAGGCUUCUGAGAUUCCUACUACAGAACAUGUUCCGAGGAUAUUGCCCAAGAACGAGGACCCAAGCUUGGUCAAUAGGAACAGAAGAAUGCUAGGUCAGCUUUUGGGAACUCUGGAGAAAUUCAGAAAGGAAGACAAGCAACUCUCAGGAACGGAGGCUUAUAUGCGAAGAUCUAGUUCCUUGCAAAGAGCUGAGCAAAGAGCACGGGAAGAAAGUGAAAGGCUUAGGAAAGAAGAGCGCGAACAGAUUGCUGAAAAACGGAGGAGAGAUUUGACUCUUAGAGCACGUGUGGCUGCCAAAACAGAAGAAAAGAAAUUGGAGUUACUGUUUCUUCGGUGGAGUGAGCAUCGUAAAAGACUAAGCAAUUUUAUAAGGACUAAAGCAGAGCCUCCAAUCUAUUAUUUGCCUAACAAGCCCUUGGAUGAAGAAGAUGCUGGAUCAACUGAGAAGCGCAAAGAAGAGGAUUUCCUUGAAUGGAAGAAUGCAAGAAGAGAAGAAUUGUCUGAGUAUCAAAAACAAAUUGGGGACCAGUAUCUUGCCAAUGUCGAAAAGGAUUUGGAGAGAUGGCAGAACGCUAGGAAUGCUAGGAAAGUAAACAAUGACCAUAAUUUACAAGAAACUAUGGACAAAGAAUUGGAUAGUCAUAGGCUUGAGCAUGGUCCCAAGAAAAGAAAAAUCCCCGACGGAAGCAAUAACGAAGAUGAUGAUGAUGAUGUGGAAGAUAUAAAUGUUGGAGAGGAUGAUAUGAUGGAUGAUGAAUUAGAUGAUGAUUCUGGUAGAAGGAUUGAGGAAACUGUUAAGACGGAAGCAGGCAACACCAUUGCAGAUCCUGCUGCCGAUGCUGAUCAUGUAGAUCCAAAGUAAUGGCCAGCCCCGAUGCAUACAUCAAUUAUUUCAUGAGAUGUUACGUAUUGUAGUUUAUCCUUUGCUAUGCUAGGUUUCUGUAUUAAAAUUUUUUGUUUUAGUAUUUUUCUGUAAUGAAAUGAAUUUUCUCCACUUUUUCUCUUUGUUUUGUUGUGUUUGCUUUUUGUUCCCUUAACAAGCAAACUAAAAAUGUCUUCCUAUUUUAAUUUACGUGAGUUUCAAUCUGGGAUUUA